AUGGCGGCCCUGUGGCGGCUGUUGCGUGCCCUCCGCCAGGGCCAGGGUACAGGUCCCGAGUGGUUGAGAGGCCCCUGCUUAGACUGGGGCCCAGCCCUCUAUGUCAGGGCCGGGAGGAGGUGGCCGCACUUCGUCCACAGGACUCCGAUUGGUGUCACCAGGGCUGGAGGCCGAGCCCUGCAGAGUUUGCAAUUACGACUGCUAACGCCUACCUUUGAAGGGAUCCAUGGAUUGUUAUUGAAACAGCAUCUAAUCAAGAAUCCAGUCAGACUCUGGAAGCUUUUAGGUGGCACUUACUAUUUUAACACCUCAAGGAGGAAGCAGAAGACUAAGGACCAUGAUAAAUCCAAGGGGAGGACCCCUGAAGAUGAUGAAGAGGAGAGGAAGCGCAAGGAGAGGGAGGACCAGAUGUAUCGUGAGAGGCUGCGCACCUUGUUUGUCAUCGCCGUUGUCAUGAGCCUGCUGAAUGCGCUCAACACCAGUGGGGGCAACAUUUCCUGGAAUGACUUUGUCAACGAGAUGCUGGCCAAGGGCGAGGUGCAGCGGGUCCAGGUGGUGCCCGAGAGUGACGUGGUGGAAGUGUACCUGCACCCUGGAGCUGUGGUAUUCGGGCGGCCUAGGCUGGCUUUGAUGUACCGAAUGCAGGUGGCAAACAUUGACAAAUUUGAAGAGAAGCUUCGAGCGGCUGAAGAUGAGCUGAAUAUUGAAGGCAAGGACAGGAUCCCAGUUUCCUAUAAGCGUACAGGAUUCUUUGGAAAUGCCCUCUAUGCCUUGGGGAUGACAGCGGUGGGCUUGGCCAUCCUAUGGUAUGUUUUUCGUUUGGCUGGAAUGACGGGAAGAGAAGGAGGAUUCAGUGCAUUUAAUCAGCUCAAAAUGGCUCGAUUUACGAUUGUGGAUGGCAAGAUGGGGAAGGGAGUCAGCUUCAAAGAUGUGGCAGGAAUGCACGAAGCCAAACUGGAGGUCAAAGAGUUUGUGGAUUAUCUGAAGAGCCCAGCGCGCUUCCUUCAGCUUGGUGCCAAAGUUCCGAAGGGUGCACUUCUGCUCGGGCCCCCUGGCUGUGGGAAGACCCUGCUGGCCAAGGCUGUGGCGACGGAGGCCCAGGUGCCCUUUUUGGCGAUGGCUGGAUCGGAGUUUGUGGAGGUCAUUGGAGGUCUUGGUGCUGCCCGUGUGCGGAGCCUCUUCAAGGAGGCCCGUGCUCGGGCCCCCUGCAUCGUCUACAUUGAUGAGAUUGAUGCCGUUGGCAAGAAGCGCUCCACCACCAUGUCGGGCUUCUCCAACACGGAGGAGGAGCAGACCCUCAACCAGCUUCUAGUGGAAAUGGACGGAAUGGGCACCACUGACCAUGUCAUCGUCCUGGCAUCCACCAACCGAGCCGACAUUUUGGAUAAUGCUCUAAUGAGGCCAGGCCGACUGGACCGACACGUCUUCAUCGAUCUCCCCACACUGCAGGAAAGGAAGGAGAUUUUUGAGCAGCAUCUGAAGAGCCUGAAGCUGACCCAGGCCAGCAGCUUUUACUCACAGCGUCUGGCGGAACUCACUCCGGGGUUCAGCGGUGCUGACAUCGCCAACAUCUGUAACGAGGCUGCUCUGCACGCUGCACGGGAAGGGCACUCAUCUGUUCACACGUUUAACUUCGAGUAUGCUGUGGAGCGCGUCAUCGCAGGGACGGCCAAAAGGAGCAAGAUCCUCUCAAAGGAAGAGCAGAAGGUGGUUGCGUUUCAUGAGUCAGGCCAUGCGUUGGUGGGUUGGCUGCUGGAGCACACUGAGGCUGUGAUGAAGGUCUCCAUCACGCCUCGGACAAAUGCUGCACUGGGCUUUGCUCAGAUGCUCCCAAGAGAACAGCACCUCUUCACCAAGGAGCAGCUGUUUGAGCGGAUGUGCAUGGCCCUGGGUGGCCGCGUGUCAGAGGCCAUCUCCUUCAACAAGGUCACUUCUGGGGCACAGGACGACCUGAGGAAGGUCACUCGUAUUGCCUACUCCAUGGUGAAGCAGUUUGGGAUGGUACCGAGCAUUGGGCACAUCUCCUUCCCUGAGGCUCAGGAGGGCCCUGCAGGCAUUGGACGGCGCCCCUUUAGCCAGGGCCUCCAGCAGAUGAUGGACCAUGAAGCUCGGCUGUUGGUGGCUAAGGCCUAUAGGCACACUGAGAAGGUGCUGCAGGACAAUCUGGACAAGCUGCAGGCGCUGGCGAAUGCCCUGCUGGAAAAGGAAGUGAUAAAUUACGAGGACAUCGAGGCCCUCAUCGGCCCACCGCCUCAUGGGCCCAAGAAGAUGAUUGCGCCUCUGAGGUGGAUUGACGCUGAGAGGGAGAAGCAAGAUGCUGGGGAGGAGGAGGUGCCUCAGCAGCCCCCACUUCGAGAGGAGCCCUCUUGGCCCAAAUAGCUGGACCUCAUUAAUGAUGCCUGUGGGGACCCAGGAAGUGAACUCUUUACUUAGCUGGCCCCCAAGUUCCUUUUCACCCGAGAUUUGUAUCUCACAGCCCUCACUGGUGCCUGCUUAAGGGCUUCUGAGAUCUGU